GGUUCCCACACUCUGUGCAGAGCGAGGCACUUGAAGAGGCUGUUAGUUUCAGGACUGUUUCUUGACAAGGAGUGUUAUGUGUAAACAUUAGCUGGAUUCUCCCGUUCCAUCAAAGCAACUCCCUGGCUGCGCUCCCCUGCCACCAGCAGGAUCAGACAAGGAGGAAACAGCAGACUGAGUCACUGACUGAAUACACACCCCAAACAGACAGGGCGCUGCGAUGGAGAUCCUCACCACUCUCCUGCUGCUCGGGCAAGCGAUGAUUGUACAAAUACAAGAAGGUUCCUCAACAGAGACUGGAACACCCGUACUAACGAUGGAGCCAAUGUGGGAGAGAUUCUUAACGGGUGACUGGAUCAUUCUUAGAUGUGAUGCUGGUCGAGAGCUUCAUUCUGUGAGAUAUAAGUGGUUCGUAAACAACACUAUCCAAGAGUUCAGCGAGAAGAUUUACACCAUUGAGGCUGCUGGAAUAGAGCAUAAUGGGGAAUACAGAUGCCAAACUUUGACACAAACAACAGCCGACAGUAACAGCAUUCUCGUGAGAGUAUCCGCUCCUGAAUUGUUUGUGAGGAUUGAGACUGAGCCAGAACCUCUGUGGUAUGAGCAGACAUUGAGGUUGAGUUGUAACUGCACAUACCCCACGCCAAAUGAAUUCAUUUACACAUUUUAUCAGGAAGGUUCUGUUAUUGCUGAGUUCCGGACAAGAAAUAAAAGUGUUUCUUUUCGAAAGGAGCGGGUUACAUUUGAGGAUACAGGACGGUAUCGAUGCCAAAUGCAGUUUGUUGAUUAUCCCGAUGGUCCUGUGUACACAUCAGCUUACAGACGUGUAGAUGUGCGAGAAAGUCCGGUGAUACUGCAGGUGGAUCCCAGACUGCAGAGAGAUGGUGAUCCCAUCACACUGAAUUGUCGGUGUACCCAGGACCAUGUGUGUGGGACAGGACAAAUUUACUUCUACAGAAAUGAGACCCUCCUGAACUCUGAUUCCAUGCCUCGCAACGUCCAUCGUAUCCACCGAGCAACCCUAAUAGAUUCAGGGUGGUACCGCUGUGCGAUUUUCCAGAACCUUUCAGAAUUCCUGUCCCUCUGGAUGGAAGUCACUGUCCAGAUCCCUGUGAGCUGCCCAUCCAUCAGCUCAGAUCUGAAGGAGCCCGCUGUGUCCAUCGGUGACCACUUUCCCAUCCGGUGUACGUCUGAAAAUGGGACACUGCCUAUAAACCUCAUGCUUUACCACGACCACCACCCCCACCCCCUGAGGAACACAACAGUCGUUGACUCCAGGACAGCCACCUUCCAUGUCACCGUGCCACCUGAUGGGGAGGGCGCUGCGUACUCCUGUGGUGCUGCCAAUGCCGUUGCCCACGUUAUCAACUGCAGUGAGCCGCUCGUCCUCACUGUGUCAGGUCCCUCUGGGAAAUUUGCUCUGCAGGUCGGAGGUUCUGCUGUUGCUGCCGUUCUCCUCAUUGUUUUCCUGCUUCUGUUUGCUGUCUGCAAACUCCAUCAUAAAGAGAGACAUCAGGACACCUCUGGUUCCCAAUCCAGGAGAGACACCAGCAGCCCCAAUCAUGAUGAAAUUGUGUACUCUGUUGUCCAAGCAAAGAAGAAAGAAGGAGGCUCCGUCAGGACAAGAAGAGAACCACAGGAGUCUGACAGUCGUGUGACUUAUGCGUCAUUAAUGUACCUUGAAACACCAAAGGUCAGAGAGGCAAGUGCCAGAGGGGAGGAAGAAAAUGGCUCGUCCAUCUACCAGAACUUUCAGAGGAGUUUAGCCACCAUCAACCAAGUGUGGUUUUUGCGGUUAAAGGCAUUUUGCGCUCUGCUGCAAAGUCUCACUUUUGGAGAAGCUCGGAGUGAUUUAAGAUAGGAAAUGAAGACAGUUGUUUCAAGCUGAUGAAAGGAAAAUUCCAGAACUUGACGCCAGGAAAUUCCUGAGACAAUGUAACAUUUCAGCAAUGCCUGCUUUACUUUGCCAGCUUCAGAUACCUGAGAGACUUGAAUAUGCAAAAACUGUAAUAGCUUCGCCACUGGGUUGUAGGUGCGCGUGACCUUGUUCAGGAUCAGUUGCAGAGUUAUGAAUCCGAUGUCGUGAGGUUUGUCCCAAAAUCAAGUAUUUGUGACUUGUGGUGAGUUAAAAUUGUGAUUUCUACAAAUUAAAUAGAACAGUCUCCCUGAAAAUAUACAAAGCUCUUGGAUGGAACUUUGUGUUUGUUUUUUGUAUUGUAUUUAUACUGGACUGAAGAUAAAUGAGACAGUGCCAGAUAGGCAGCAUGGGGACUAACCAUUAUGGUAAUGAAAUUAUGAAACAAUAUUAAUAUCUUCAGUGAAUCGGGAAAGCAGAUGGGGAUGUAGUUCAAAGAAGGCAAGUGGGAAGUCAAGAAAAUAGUGUAUUUAACGACUUUGCAUGUAAAAAGUUUUGGAACUGCUUGCAGCAAAAGAAAUUGAUCCCACGUCUCAUUUAAUUUUUCACUGUAGGCCUAUAUUAAUAUGAUGGUUUAACCUCAACAUCCUACAUAAUCCUGGUAAAAUCUGGGAACACACUAUUCGUCUUCCUAGCUGCUGGCUGACCAAGCAGGUUGGCUUCCUAUGAUUUGACCUGUGUUUUGCAGACAGCUCAGCAUAUAACGUCUUCACAAUUUACUUUCUGAUCUGUCUCUGCUGAGUCAGUUUUUAAACAAUAAAGACAGUCUUGAUCUGA